CACGUUGAACAGGAAGUGAAGACACGUCAGAUAGAGAGGACAGAAACUUGAGUGAAUGAACUGGUGUUAAAGUCUUUACUGUCUCUUAUUUACUCCUCUUCUCAAUUCUUUUUUUUGACAGAGAGACGCGUAAUACACACUCAGAGAAUGGCAGAGAAGGUGCUGGUCACAGGUGGAGGGGGCUACAUUGGGAGUCAUUGUGUGCUGGAUCUUAUUGAAGCAGGCUUUCAUCCUGUUGUUGUGGAUAACUUCAGUAAUGCAGUAAGAGGAGAAGGGGACGUGCCAGAGAGUAUACGGAGGAUAGAGAAGCUUCUGGACACCAGUAUCGAGUUUCAUGAACUAGACCUCCUGGACCGCCCUGGCUUGGAAAAACUCUUCAAAAAGCAUGCCUUUACUGCAGUGAUUCACUUUGCCGGUCUGAAGGCUGUCGGAGAGUCGGUGGCGCAUCCGUUGCGCUACUACAAAGUCAACCUCACCGCCUCCAUGAACCUGCUUGAGGUGAUGCAGGCCCACAGAGUGCACAAUCUGGUCUUCAGCAGCUCGGCCACAGUGUACGGAGACCCCCAGUCCCUGCCCCUCGAUGAGCAGCAUCCUGUGGGUGGCUGCACGAACCCCUACGGCCAGACCAAGUACUUCAUCGAGAAGAUGAUCAUGGACCACUGUUUGGCAGAGAAGGACUGGAAUGCAGUGCUGCUGCGUUAUUUCAACCCAAUUGGAGCCCAUGUCUCUGGCCUGAUUGGAGAGGACCCUCAGGGCAUCCCCAACAACCUGCUGCCCUAUGUUGCACAGGUUGCUAUUGGGAGAAGAGAUUAUCUCAACGUGUUUGGGAAUGACUAUGACACACCUGAUGGGACAGGUGUGCGAGAUUACAUUCACGUUGUAGAUCUGUCAGCGGGACACAUAGCAGCUCUCAAGAAGCUCAAGGAGAACUGUGGAUGCAAGGUUUACAACCUAGGAACAGGAAAGGGCUACUCUGUGCUCCAGAUUGUAAAAGCCAUGGAGAAGGCAGCGGGGAAAGAGAUCCCGUAUAAGAUCGCGCCUCGUAGACCAGGCGACACCGCGUCCUGCUACGCUAACCCCUGUCUGGCUGAGAAGGAGCUUGGCUGGAAGGCUGUAUUAGACCUGGAAAGAAUGUGUGAGGAUCUAUGGCGCUGGCAGUCCAUGAACCCCAACGGAUACAGCGAAGCCUCUUGAUGCAUUUGUGAAAUUAUAUUUUAAGUAAUUUUUCUAAUCAUGAAGGGAAAAAAAAAACAUGUUAUGACCUCAGGACAAACUGAAGCUUUACAUUUUUGUCAUGUGUCAUUAGCUCUGGAUCAAGUGUAUCUUUGUUUUUAAAUCAAAGUCUGUUUUAUUUGUGUAGCCCAAAAUUCACAAAUCAUGGUUUGCCUCCAGUGGGCUUUGACAAUCUGUACAAGAAGUGGCGUCCUCUGUCCUUAGAAACCUGGUUCAGGGUAAGAAAGACCUUCACAAACAAAGAAAAAGACAAGGAAGAAACUUCAAUGAGAGACAUGGAGGAGUGGUCUCCAGGACAGAUGUAAUAGAUGUCACGUGUACAGAGCAAAUCAAAAUAAGUAAUUUAAUUAAUUAAUAAUUGCAGGAAGGGAUGAACUAAUAUGAUACUUACUGUCGGUCCGAUAUUUGUCAAAAUCACUGGAUUGGGUGUAGGAAAAAGAACUAAAAGACUAUAAAGAAGGCAUUUUAAAUGCUGUUUAUUUCUUUAUGGCAGUGGAACAUUUGUUCAGCAGUUGGAAUAUUAUAUGAUUUUGGAAUGUUUUGUUUCGGCUUGUUGGCAGUAAAUGACAAUAUCGGACUGAUUUGGUGUUGGUGGUGAUAUAAGUAUGGGAUAUAUGAAAAAAAAAGUAUCAAGACGUCCCUAAAUGUGGGCAAAUGUCUGUUUUCUCUAUGUAGGUUUUGUCAGGUUGACGAUGAUGAUGAUUUUCUCUAUAAAUGCAUUGAUUUAUAAGCCAUAACUGUUUUCAAAUUAAUAAAUUAUUUUUCUUACAUGAAAAA